GCACGUGUAUGAAGGAAGCCAUUGCGACACUUUCGCGUGCGGAUCAUCUUUUCUUUCUUUUUUAUUUUUUUUUAUUUUCGUUGAUUCAAUUAAGUCAACUUUCUACUAGCUGUAGGGAGAGAGACGAAAAAGAGAAAAUGUUGGACAAAGGGAAAAUGAGGAAGGGAGGCCUACUGACCUACUUGUUGCUUUCGAGAGAGAGGAGGAUGUCUAUCGUCCACUCCGCCCUCUUUCUUUCUCCAGUAGAGGGGAGUCGCGCAAUUUCCACCUGGGCUUCUUCUUCUUCCGUAUACUUUCUAACUCUGACUUGGAAAAAGAAUUGGACGGACGUUAGAGCUCUUUCCAUUCUUCAGUCGCUUUCCAGCUUCCGUGCUGGACGUGUUGUGCUUCACUCGCCGGAUAAUUGAAACACAUUCCUUUUAAUCUCUCUCGAAAUGCCUUCCACUUUAUCCCGUAGUUAUUCCGUGCCAGUGAGCUUUGUUCCACAACCAACUCGUUCUGUAGAUGCGUCAUCCACCAACAACAUGAAUCAUCAAAUUGACCCGAAAGCUGUUGGCGCUCACAGGCCAUUGAGUCGUCGCCGUUCUAAUCCUCCAGGCAGCCCAGAUUCUGAUGAGGGCAGCUUGUUUGGAGCUGAUUCGCUAUCAUCGUUAUCGUCUCUGUUGACCAAUCAAUUGCAACAACACAAUCCUUCAUCGUUGAUGAUGCAAUUGCAUCGUGGUCACCGCAAACUGGACAGGAGCCACAGCGAGCCGGUGGUCGAUCGAUCGCAGCAAUUGGCUCAACAGCAACAACAGAAUCAACAACAAUCGAAUUCCAGUCGCUACAAGACGGAACUAUGUCGACCUUACGAAGAGAAUGGCACGUGCAAAUAUGGCGACAAGUGCCAAUUUGCGCACGGAUUUCACGAACUUCGCAGUCUCAUUCGUCAUCCGAAAUACAAGACGGAAUUGUGUCGCACUUUCCAUACCAUUGGCUUUUGCCCUUAUGGCCCGCGUUGCCAUUUCGUUCAUAAUGCCGAAGAAGCUCGCAAUAAUUCGCCUCCGCCGCCGGCCGUCAAGAAUCAGCACGUUCAUCGUGGUAAAUUUACGCUUCCGGCUGGCGGAGUCGGCAUGUGCGGCAAUGGAUCGACUGCUGAUUCUCCGUCUCCUCCGUCGUCGUUGAGCGAGUCGCCGACUUCGAUGAGCACUUUCUUUUCGGACGACAUGUUUCCGGGUAAUCCGUUUUCGCCCAUGGGCCCUCCGUCUUCGUCUGGAUUGGGAAAUGCGUCCGCAUUCCUUUUUGGCGCAUCGAACGAUUUCGUAUCGCCGCUUUUUUCAUCCGCCAAAGGCAACACUUACUCGUCUGGAUUUAUGAACAACAAUAACAACAACAACAACAAUAAUAAUAAUAAUAAUUUGAAACGUCCAAUUGUUUCUACGGGAAGCAGCAAAUUUAUUCCGGAAUUGGAUUCACCGUCUCCGGUGGGCUCGUUGGCUUCCGAUUUGGAUUCAUUGAGUCUGGCUAGUAGCAGCGGUGGCUCUAGCCCUCCUCCAUCCAUAUCCAGCCCGAUGGAUACUUCACGUGCUCUCCGGCUGCCCAUUUUCAGCCGCAUUUCCGAGACUUUGAACGAAGAUUGAACACGGUCAUUUCAAAAUAUUAUGAAAGGACAUGGGGAAUUAGCGUAUCAACAACCGCAAGCUAUUUACUAAUCAAUUUAUUAUUAUUUUUUUUUUCCAUCUUCCUGAGGUAUUUACACUUGAAAAGAGAAUCCGGAAGUGCGUGGGUGCGCGUUGAGAGCGUGUGUGUGUGGCCUUAUAUAUUUUCGAUGCCACUGUGAUAGAAAAUUGAUUCAGUUUUUCCUUUUUGUUUAAUUUUUUUUUUUCAAGAAAAAUCAGACCAAAACAUGCAAAAGAUUUUUGACUUCCCUGGCCCUUCCCCAAUUUUUCGUGUUUUUUUUUUCAAGGGUGUGUCGUAAGUUAUGUUUGUUUUUGUUUUUUUUAUAUCAAGAAGAAGAAAAAAUUGUUCAACCCUCCUCCCCCCCAAACCGCCCCACCACCCGGACCAAAAAAGCGCGUGUAAUUCCCCCCCAUUUUCAUCGUCGUAGUAGGACUUAUGUUAUUUAUGCAGUUUAUUUAUAUGAGGUAUUUUCUAUCUUUUUUUUUUCUUUACUACACACUUUCAUUAUUUUCUCUUUUAUUCUUAUUCAUUUAGUCAGGGAGCGUAAGUUAAUAAUUAACGGGACUUUUUCAUGUAAGAAAAAAAAAAAAAAAAAACAACAUAAGAUUUAUUUUUCCUUCCAGAAAUUUUUUCGUGUCUUCCUCUCUUCAUUGGUUCCCCUCAUCGAUCUGCUCGUUUUCUACUGCUAAUAUUCAUUUUUUUUUUAUCAAUUAAAGAAUUUUGGACAACCCAUUCAAUUACAAUAUUUUUUUCUCUCGGGCUGACGUUUUUUUAAAUCGUCGCAUUCUCUUUAUUAUAUAAUUUUUUUUCGGUUCCCCAUCCAUUUUAUCAUCUCUCUCCUUAUUAAUAUAUCAAUUGAUUAAUCGGAGGAAUUUGCCUAAUGUAUGUGCGAUUUGUGUACGAUUGUUUCCAUGGAAACGGACCACUCGAAAUUUCGUGUUUUCUUUGUUUUAGUAUUUUUUUUUUUUUUGCAUGUCUCGCGUUUAACGAUACGGCUCGAUGAAUUUAUUUUUCUCUCCAGACAUAAGCAACAAUUAAAAAGAAAAAGC